AUGUCUCAGUCGCAAGCAUCUCAGCAUGAAGAGGAAGAGGAGGUCCAGGCCUCGGGUCCUCUGCUCGUCCAGAAACUCCAGGAAGCGGGCAUCAACGCACAGGACAUCAAGAAACUCGCAGAGAACGGACUGCACACCGUCGAAGCUGUCGCAUACACCCCCAAGAAGAACCUCAUGCAGAUUAAAGGCAUAUCCGAACAGAAGGCAGACAAGAUAUUGUUAGAAGCACACAAGAUCAUACCGCUCGGAUUUCAAAGCGCCACGGAAGUUCACGCCCGCCGCUCCGAGCUUGUGCACAUCACGACUGGCUCCAAGAACCUCGACGCGCUCCUCGGCGGUGGCAUCGAGACGGGCGCCAUCACCGAGCUCUUUGGCGAGUUCCGUACUGGCAAAUGUUUGUACAUCGAUACAGAAGGGACAUUCCGUCCCGUUCGGCUGCUCGCCGUCGCUGAGCGCCUGGGGCUGAACGGCGAGGAGGUGCUAGACAAUGUCGCAUACGCGAGGGCAUACAAUGCGGACCAUCAACACUCGCUUCUUACAAAUGCGAGUGCGUUGAUGUCGGAGUCGAGGUUCUGCCUGUUGAUCGUCGACUCUUGCACUGCGCUCUACCGUACGGACUUCAACGGACGUGGCGAGCUGUCCGCUCGACAGGCGCACCUCGGGAAAUUCCUUCGCACGCUGCAACGGCUCGCGGACGAGUUUGGCAUCGCUGUUGUCAUGUCAAACCAAGUCAUGUCAACCCCGACGCUCUGCUGGUCCAAGCCUGUGGGAGGUAAUAUCCUGGCCCACGCAUCCACCACUCGUGUGCAACUUAAGAAAGGCCGCGGCCCGAACCGACAGGCUAAGAUCUAUGACUCGCCCUGCCUGCCCGAGUCAGAGACCACGUUCGCCAUCCUGCAGAGUGGUAUUGGCGACCCGGAGGAGGACAGCUAG